AUGGAGGCUACUGCAGAAGACGCGGCGGAGAUCCAAAGCCCGAUGGAAAACGAAUCACCGGCGGUCAACCUAAGCCCCGCCCAAGACACUUCAAUGAUGUCGAGAAAUAACGCAGAUAUAGACAAACCUCUUGCCUUAUCAGGGUGCCGGAAGAAGGCGAAGUUGCCAGUCGAGUCUGUUAAGAUUCUCCGCAAGUGGAUGUAUAAGCAUCGGUUUAGGGCUUACCCUUCAGAAGCGGAGAAGCUAAUGCUGGCUGAGAAGACCAAUUUGUCUUUCUCCCAGAUCUCUAACUGGUUCGUCAAUGCUCGCAGACGCAUUCUCCCGGGGAUGCUUCGAAAGUCUGGAAAUGAUCAGGAAAUGCGCAAAGAUGACAAUGACACCAACCUGCAGGACACCGAUGACUUCGUGUCUGCCAAGUUACGGCCCAGACAUCCAGACAAGGUACAAUCCCUGUGGCCCGUGCCAAUGGGCCAGAUGUCAGGAGAGAACCUACCAGAUCCGGGGUUGGCCCCUAGCCGGGAGCUCGCCGUGAUAGCCCAGCCAAAGAAAAAGCUCCAGGUUUCUACCAACGCAACCCCAUCUUCUCCAGAACCUGUGUCUCCAGAGGAGUAUCCCGACUUAACCAGCUUCCAGAUUCUGGUCGAAGUAGCGGUACAAAGGGCUGCUGAGCUGGAGCUAGAGAAGCAGCAAGAGGAGAAUCAUGAUUGA